CCACCUUUUACAGUCCAGUACCUUUUUAAAAUGCACCUCAUCCUGUGGAUCUUCAUUGUCUUUGUCAUCAAGGUUUUAGUGACUGCGGAGGCGGAUGAGUUGGAGACCGUGCUGGAGGGAGAUGUUUUCACUUUACAAACAAGAGGAAUGGACCUCGAGAGCAUCCGUGAAGUAACAUGGCUGUUUCAAAAAGGUGAUAAGACUGUCCGCAUCGCUCAGAUGUAUCAGGGACAUGAGCCUUUUUAUGAGAGGAAAAGUACUGGCAGAGUGAAAAUGGACCCAAAGACUGGAUCGCUGACCAUCCAGAACAUCAGCAUCAGUGAUUCUGGACUGUACGAAGUCACUAUAAAGACAAGAUCCGUCUCAAAGAAAAGAUUCAGAGUGGAUGUUUAUGAGGCUGUUUCUGUACCUGUCAUCACAUCUCUGGAUGAUGUAAACCAAACUCAAGGUACUUUAAAGCAGCCGCAGGAGCUGUGCUCAGUGUUGUGCUCAGUGAAAAACAGCCGAGACGUGUUGAUCUCCUGGUAUAAAGGAGGAGAAAUGAUAAAGCAGAGCAGCAGUCCUGAGCUCAACAUCAGCCUCAGUUUAUCAUUAGAGCUUCAUUAUGGAGAUGCAGAGAGCUACAGAUGCACGGCUCACAAUCCAGUCAGCAACAAGAGCAUCCAGAUGCAGAUCAGAGAUGUCUGCAGAUCAACACCGGAAGAUUCCCAAGAUCACUGUGGCGCCAUUGAGGCUCAGAUUCGUCUAGUUCUGUCUGCUCUCGUGGGAAUCGCCACCAUUGUAUUUCUGCUUGAGCAUCUCAGAUACUGACAGAAGUUUCUUCUCUCUUUAUGGUCACCUUCAUACAAACAGCACCCACAACAGGUGUAGCUGACCCUCCUCCUUCAGGCUCCAUGGUUCAGGUCCCUCUCUGAACGAUUAUUAUCAUCCACCAUCUUUAUGGAUAUAGCUGGUGUUUCAGGUGCUGUAGGUAAAAAAUAUAUAUAUUUUCAGGGCUUAAACUUUGACUUGAAAUAUAACAUAUGACAUUUUAUU